CCUUUCUCAGGAUUGUUACCAGGAUAAGGCUACAACGGUAUAGUUGCUCAAACAAUGUAUUCAUCUGUGAAGUACCUGUUUAUUCUCCUCGUGCUUGCCUCAUUUAUACUGAACAUCGUGCAAAUAUGUCUAAAUUCCAAAAGAAUACAGAAAUGCCAACCUCAUCUGCAGGACUCUCUAGUAGUCAACCAUACAGACCACAGUCUCGUGUUUGCAGACCUCAGCCCCGAAGAGUACCGCGCUGUUCGUGACUACAUGUGGGAACAAAGAGAUUUAAAUAUUUCACGAGAUGCAAGUACAAAAGCUUCAGGGAACUUUAUUUUUCUCAUAGACCUGCGGUUGCCAAAAAAAGUUGAUGCGCUCCACUACUUGGACACGAAAGGACCGAAGCCCUCCAGAGAGGCCACGGUGGUGGUUUUCUUUGGCUCACUUGGCUACCUCAAAGAGUAUGUAGUUGGACCUAUUGCUGGUCCGAAUAUGAGGCAUCGUGAUGUUACGUUUGAAAAAUACAACGUAAAAAUGUUACCUGUAACCGCCCGACCAGUGACAAUUGGAGAAUAUGUGCAAGUUUUUACCUUCUUGCACUAUGAGGUAUUCCUAGAACUCGAACAAAUACUUAAGGAAAGUUUUGACUAUACCCAAGGCAAGAAGACACUGCACAUUUUCGAAGGCAUGCCGAGAGGUGUAAAAUCUGGGGAUAGACAAACCUGGAUUUCUUUCUUUCGCGAUUAUAGCGGAAUGUAUAUUCAUCCUGUGGGGUUUGAAGUCUUAAUUGAUCAUGGAAGCACUAAUUCAUCCAGAUGGGCCAUUAAAAAGUUGCUAUAUAACGGUCAAUAUUUCGACAGCGUACAUGAAUUUAAAACAAUGUAUGGUUUGGGUAAAGUGAAAAAGAUAACUUACAAAGAUACUGCAAAUUACGCUUCUUUGAAGCCUCGGACUAAACCCACGGGUUUGGCUCCUUAUCAGUUCUAUCCUCAGGGUAAACGCUUCAGUGUGCGUAAUAGCCAGGUAAUUUACCUUGACUGGUGUUUUUCAUUCGGCCUUAGCUCACUCACUGGCAUGCGUGUAUUCGAUAUCCGUUUCAAGGGCGAAAGAAUUGCUUACGAGCUUAGUGUGCAGGAGGCUAUGUCUGUGUACGGAUCGGUAACACCAGGGAUGAUAAUGACAAAGUUUCUUGAUUCAAGUAUAGGAAUAGGUCGCUUUGCCCACGAGCUGGUUCGGGGUGUCGAUUGCCCAAAUGUUGCCACUUACAUCGACACUUAUCGCUACAUUGACACUAACGUUACACAGCGAUUUAGGAAUUCUAUAUGUGUUUUCGAGCACGAUGUUGGCCGACCUCUCCGUAGACAUUUUGCUGACUUUUUCCAUAACAGCUUCGGUGGCAUGCCCAACAGUGCGUUGGUUUUCCGCACCAUCACUGCCAUAGGGAACUAUGACUACGUGUGGGACUUCAUAUUUUAUCAGAGCGGAUCAGUGGAGGCCAAAGUGCACGCGACUGGCUACAUAUCAUCAUCCUUCAAAAUUGAUGGCAGUCUAAAAUAUGGCCACCAGGUCGCAGAAAAUACCAUCGGGAAUAUACACACACACUUCAUAAACUUCAAAGUUGAUCUGGAUAUUUUAGGUGUGAAGAAUGUGUUCCAGACCAAGGACAUGAGGUAUGAGGAGGUGUUUCUGCCGUGGAUGCCUGAGCGCAAAGCUAAGGUUCCCCAGCUUGUGGAGCAGCAGCUGAAAACGGAGAAACAGGCAGCUAUGCGCUAUGGAAUGAAGACACCUCGCUAUUUCCACGUGUCCAGUAAUCAGACCAAUCGCUGGGGCCACCAGCGCUCGUACAGACUGCAAGUGGUGACGUUUGCUGGAGACCAUCUACCAGAGAGUGAACCUGAGGAGAGGUCGAUGUCCUGGGCACGGUACAAACUGGCCAUUACCAAGUAUAAAGAUGAGGAACAGACCAGCAGCAGCCUGUUUAGUCAGAACGACAUUUGGAAUCCAGCAGUUGACUUCAGUAAAUUCAUUGAAGACAAUGAGAGAAUUGAAAACGAGGACCUGGUUGCCUGGGUAACCACAGGUUUCCUUCACAUUCCCCAUGCAGAGGACAUCCCUAAUACAGUUACUGUGGGCAACGGGGGUGGCGUCAUCUUGAGGCCACACAACUAUUUUGAUGAGGACCCAUCAAUUAGCUCUCCAGAUGGUGUGUAUAUCCAGCCUGGAUCAGAGACAGACUGCCAAUACAACAGGUUGGCCUGUCUGCAGUCACACAUGUGCACUCCUACUGCAGAGCAGUUUACCUUCAAUGGCUUUGAUGAGGUCAUGAAGUUUGAAGAGUAAAGGAUAGUAAGAAGAGAGUCUGUGAAGAUCCUUAGGACAAUGCAAACUGAGUGACAUUAUUUACGUACAUAAGAUCUCUUUACAUAUGGAUGAGGUUUAUUAAACUAAUACUUAAAAAAAAUUAUUUUGUCAGUAGCACUGUGUCUUAAUUCAUGUAUUGACAGUAAAAUAAACACAGACCAUAAGCAUCCUAAAUGCUCCGUGAAAUAAAACAAAACUUUUCCAAAAUCUAUAUCUUUGAUAAAGCUGAACAAAACUAUUCAUGUAUUUAAUACAAAUACAACAACACCAAAAUAUAACUGUGUUAAUGUUGACAGUUAUUAACACGUUAACGCAUUAACUUUCACUUUGACUAUUAGUCAAAGACAAAGUUAACGCAUGAAAGCAUUAACUCAUUAUUAACACGUUAACUUUGACAGCCUUACCAAAAACUAUUUGUACCUUUGACAAAAACUGAAUGAAACUAUUCACACCCUUGGUAAAAGUGAACAAAACAAUUUAUACCUUUGAUAAAUCAGAACAAAUGAGUGUAUAUACGUGCUUACAUGUACACUCUUAGUGUUAAUUUGACACUGGUGAAUUUUUGUCCCAAAUGAAUUGCAAAAUACUAUAAUCUAUUUCUUGUGAUUCUUUUGAAGAUAGAAUUUGAUUUUUUAAAAGUAUAUUUCUUCCAUAAUUUUUAAGUGUGUGUAAGUACCAGACAUGCCAUUUCAUGUAUCUGCAGGUUUUAGAUGGUUUGUAUUGUAAGCUAUGUGAUUAACUUUACAAUCUUGUUUUAUGCAUUUGUUAUAAAUGUGAAAUUAGUGAAAUUCACGCUUAAGUAUCACAGCGAUUCAAAUUACAAUUUGGCAUGAUGUCAAGCCAUUGCCUCUGUAUUAACUUAACUGCACUGUUUUUACACGAUACAGACUGCACAAUAAUUAUUCUGAAAGAAAAUAAAGGUUUGUGUGCA